UAAACGAACCACGUCCAACAUCCGACAAACAAGAAACAGUCACGUUUCAACCUUCCAGUGUGCGUUACCGAGUGAUAUCAACGUGCGAUGAGACGCGAAACCCGUGCUUGUGUGAACCAGUGACUCGGUGAUUCACCCAUUUUUACCAUAAGGAGUAAUGGGAAUAAACAGUUCAAGGGAUCGCCGGUCCAGUUGACACUCCCACCAUGAUAAUAAUGGACAGCGUCGUCAUCCCCCGCCCUCCCGCCUUGCCCCCCAUGCCCCUGGUCCCUCCCAUCGGCGCCCCCCUGGCCGCCAAGCCCAAAAACCCCAGCAUCCACAGCCGCAGCAGCACCAACUCCCAAGGCUUCAGGCUAAUGGAGGACCAAGGCGACACCGGAAGCGUCUACUCCAUCUACAAGCAAAAAAUAGACUCCAUGUUCGAAAGCGACUCCAGUUCCAACACCAAGAACAGCGUGCAAGCACGCAUAGAGAAGAUGUUCACGGACGUGGCCAAGGACACCGGAGUGGCCCUCUCUGACGGGAGCGUCCACUCUUUUUCCGUGGACUAUCUGGGUUCCGUCGGUCUGACCGAAAAAGUGACCAGCUUGGCGGGGUUGCAGACCCCCCUCAAGGACUUGUACUUCGCCUACAAGAAGACCACUAAGGCGAAGAAAGCUCUGACGGGAAGGCUGGAGAUCUCGAGUCAUGGGUUGAAGGUGCAGUACCAAGGGGAGAAGGGUGAUCUGGAGCAGCUGAAUUCCUUUCCGACUAUUGCGGUUUGGUCGGCUGUGAAAUUUGUGAUACAGGAGAGUCAGAAGGUGAAGACGUAUGCGUUUUUGCCGCUGAUUACGGAUCCUGAUAAUAUUGACAAGAAGGCGUUGUUUAGGGAGUUGAGUGAUAACGAAAGGAAGUAUAUUACCAAGGAGGCGCAUUCACCAUUGUUUGCGGUUGUGAUGAGGAAGAUUGGGAUUCAGAAGCAACUGGAAUGUCACGGAUUCGUGUGUCAAACGUCAGAAGACGCAAUUGUGAUAGCAGCAACAUUGUACAAAUCCCUAAUGGCACACAUGAAAUCGAAAGAAAAAAAACCCAAAAGUAGGAACGGAAUCACGUGCAUGUCAGCCGCAUCAAGCACCUUUAACGAAAAAUCGAGCAUCACACCAGUACGACCACCAAGGAAGAAACGAAGUACCGCCAGUUCCAUCACCAGUGAAAACGAAGCUUUGGAUACUUGCGAGACGCAGCCCCUCCUCCAGAAGAACCCCAAGAAGAGCACAAAAUCCCGGCGUGCCCCGAAAACCCCCGAAGACUUCGACGCCAUCUUGCCCUACGAAGAGCCCGUCAAACUCGAGCCCAAACCCGACGAACCGCCCCAAAUCAAGCCGAAAACCUUCUCCGACAAAAUCAACACCUUCAUGAGCCGGGAGCAGAGGCAAAUCACCGCCGAAAUCAAGCAGGUGAUGAGCGAGGGGACCAACAAGGGUCUGAAGCAUGUGCCAAACGCGAGGAAAGUCGAGGAGGAGAACACGUUGAGGACGAAGGAGAAUUCGGGAGACAUUCUGACGAAAGUGACGAUACCGAGAUCGGGCAGUUUUCUCAACGCCGGUGGCUUGACGCGCUACAAGUCCAAGGUUUCAAGAGCCAACGGCCAAGCAACCGGAGGUUCCCCCCUCGGCUUCAACGAACUCUUCAACGAAUUCCGCCUCCAAGAAGGCCUCCACUCCAUGGACGAGAUCCUCGGCGUCAUCAUCGACCCCGAAGGCAUGUCCUUCAACGACCUCAAACCCAUCUACAAGGAAUUCCUCCUCAAGCUUUCCGUCACCCUCACGAAAGACGAGCUCUACCAGCGCUCCAAGAUGAUAAUGCGCCGUCAAAAAAAGAAACUCCUCCGACGCACCAGCACCCUCCAGGCCAAACCCUCCCCCCACAUCCUAGUUGGAAACAAAUUCAAACGCCUCAAGCACAUCUUCCAGAAAAACUUGAAACUCAAACUGAGUAAACCGAAGACUUCUCCGGUGGAAGCUCUUCAGGUACCCGAGUCCAAGUUGCCUGAAAGUAGUAUUUCGACGUCGUCGUACGAUACUCGGCAGUUUUCGCCGAAGGACGAGCAGCCGAAGAAGGCUUCGUAUAGGAAGAAGUCGUCCGAAGUGAGUAGAAGGGAUAGGAUGAGUACUUCGGAAGAGAGCGAUUUCUUCAGUUUGAGAAGAAAGGCGAAAAGUGUGAACAUGGGGAAUAGCAAUCACCAGAACAGGAAUUCGUCGAGUGGAUACGUUUCCUGCUCUGAAUGUUCGUACGACAGCGAUACUUGUACUUGUAUCUCAGCAGAUAAGUGUUAUUGUUCUUUAGGCAACAAGCAUAUUCCUAAGAAAACACACUGUGAAUGCCAUUUGGAUAGUAAUGUCACGUAUUGUGGAUGUGAUACCGACAGUUGUACAGAAAGCAAUAAGUGCUACUGUCAGAAUAUUUCUAGAGCUGCUAACGUCCAAGAACUGAGACGACGGAGUUUCGUCGAACAGAACAAACACAAGAAGUUGUGUCGGAAGUUGUCCAACUCACGCAGCACCAAAAGCCUGGAGUAUAUGCAAGGACCACUAGAUGGCUACUACGAAAAAAUCGGUUCCAAAGGCAACAGCAGAAGAAAAAAGAACAUUAGUUCGCGCAGAGACUAUGAACUUCUCGGUCUCCCAGUCAAAAACGCCUCUUAUGCAGCCAUUAUGGCCGAAGGAAUGCAAAAACAAGCGUCUCUACGCUCCUACGGUUCUUCAAGAUACAGCGAUCGAAGUGGACGAACUCUCCAAUCAACGGCUAUCUCCGGGGCCACCACGGAAGCCCUCUCCGUAAAAAAAUCAGCAGAAAUCGCAGCCCUCUUCACCGACAUCAAACUGAGCCAAACCACCGACAUCGCUCACAUCACUCCCCGCAACUACGACAUGGAGACCAUUAUAUCGUCCAGAAACGCGUACAACAGACUAAAAACGCAAAAUGCGGCGAAUCGCGUCGACAUCAAAGCGGUCGGCCACUACAGCCAGAAAAUGAUCCAGAACGGCCUCUAUUCCCGGAACAACUCGAAAGCCAACAUGUACAGUGCCAGAAAUGGACUCUACACUAUCCAGAGCCAAUCCGACGAAUCCAGGAGGUCGAGUUUGAGCGAGGAGAAACGGGACUACUUCGACUUGGAGAAGAAGAAGAACGUUAGCAGUAACCUGGAGAACUCGCUGGGUUAUUUACCUUGAAACUUGUAUUAUAGGGAAGCGAUACUUGCCAUUUUAUGCUGUCUUGGGAGCUGUCGGGUGGUUGCAGAAGCGGGGUUAAACGUUUUUAAUUUUAAGUGCAAUAUGGAUAUGUGCAAUAUUGUUAUUUAUGUGCAAUAAUUUAAAUAAAGAUUUUAUU